AUGGCUGCAGCACGUUUGUUACAGAGAAGCUUGCUCGUCGUGGCUCAGCUUUUGGGCAGAACGUCUUGGAAUGCGGGCCCUCGAGAGAAGGUUAAAACGGUGACGGAUCUACCGCAUGUCAGUGUUUUGAAGCUGCUCUAUCGGUUGAUGUUUCAGGGCUUCUAUAGCAGGUUGCACGAACUCCAGCUUUAUGAAAAGCAGCUCUACGGGCCCAUAUACAGAGAUGGAUUAAAGACAGUGUCCCUGACCACCCCGAAGCUGCUGGAGGAACUCUUGCGAAGUGAUGAAAAGUUCCCUUCUAGAGGAGACAUGUCUUUUUGGAAGGAUUAUCGUGACAUGAAAGGAUUCGGCUACGGCCCUUUCACUGAAGAAGGAGAGCGCUGGUACAAGCUGAGGAAGGCAUUGAACAAACGCAUGAUGCAUCCUAAAGAUUCCAUCCUGUAUGGAAGAAUUCUAAACACUGUAGUCAACGACUUCAUAGCCAGGCUCCAAUAUGUGCGGCAGUGCAGCCCCACCGGAGAUUUGGUGAAGAAUUUGGCUGACGAGUUCUAUUGUUUUUCACUAGAGAGUAUUGCCACAAUACUGUUUGAGACCAGACUGGGCGCGCUUGAAAAGGACGUUCCAGCAAGUACGCUGCAGUUUAUCGACGCUAUAGGCACAAUGUUUUCCAACAGCCUGGCCGUGGUCGUGUUGCCAAAGUGGAGUCGCAAUUUGCUGCCAUACUGGGGACGCUACAUCAACGGGUGGGACGGCAUCUUCACCUUUGCCAAACCAUUGAUCGACAAGAAGCUGGAAGACAUUAAGCAGCGCAUUGACCGCAACCAGGAUGUGGAGGGAGAGUACCUGACGUACUUGUUGUCCAACACCACAAUGGACACCAAAGACGUGUACGGCAGCAUCGCCGAGCUUCUCUUAGCUGGAGUGGACACGACCUCUAACACUCUGACGUGGACAUUAUACCUGCUGUCCCGAUGCCCUCAAGUCCAGGAGAAGCUUUAUAAAGAAGUGUCCGAAUUGAAAACUGUAGAUGGGACCCCAUCUACGGAGGAGGUUACCCAAAUGCCGUAUUUAAGGGCUGUCAUCAAGGAAGCGCUAAGGAUGUAUCCAGUAGUUCCUUUAAAUGCGAGGGUCAUGGCUGAAAAAAGUGUUGUUAUUGGUGGAUAUGAGUUUUCCAAAAAUACGGUUUUCACGUUUUGCCAUUACGCCAUCAGUCACGACGAGGAAACAUUUCCGGAGCCGUUCACCUUUAAACCCGAGCGAUGGCUCCGCGACGGCCGAGAAAGGCCAAACCCUUUCGGCUCCAUCCCCUUCGGCUUUGGCGUGAGAAGCUGCAUUGGGCGCAGAAUUGCCGAGCUGGAGAUGUAUCUGGUCAUAUUUCAAAUAAUCCGGAUAUUUGAGAUCAUACCAGACCCCAGUGUCUGCGAGGUGAAAUCUCUUAACCGUACGGUUCUUGUACCAGACCGGCCGAUCAAUUUACAUUUUGUGGACAGGGUAUACAAAAAGGUGUCUUAG